AUGCAUGAAGAGGGGAGUUCUGCAGUGGAUGAGUUGGUGAGGGGGGCUGAGGAUACCAAUCGGUGGGGGCCUCUUCUGAAGGGCAUGGACACGAUGAUUGUGAAGACCGACAGAUACACGCCUUGCGGGCGUGGAAGCAUGCCGUUGAACCGAUGCAUUAAGGAGUAUAUCAAGUACGGAGUUGUGAGUUUGGACAAAUCAGCGAAUCCAAGUUCUCAUGAGGUUGUUACGUGGGUGAAAGGGAUUCUUGGAUGUGAAAAGACGGGUCACGGAGGCACGCUUGAUCCGCAGGUGAGCGGGGUGCUGACUGUCUGCAUUGACCGAGCAACACGACUGACAAAAAGCCAGCAAUCCCUGGGGAAGGAGUAUGUGUGUGUGAUUGAGUUCCACGGGGAAUGCGAUGAGCAGGGUUUUCGGAAUGCAUGCAAACGGCUUGUUGGGGCAUUGUUCCAAAGGCCGCCAUUGAUGUGUGCAGUGAAGCGGGAGCUAAGGAUACGGAAUGUGUAUGGGAUAGAGAUAGUUGAGUUUGAUGCAAAGCGAAGGCUGGGGCUUUUCAGGGUUUCAUGUGAAGCAGGGACGUAUGUGAGAACGCUUUGCACACACAUAGGGGUAUUUAUGGGGUGCGGAGCGGUGAUGAAGGAGCUGAGGAGAGUAAGAAGUGGGCUAGUGGAUGAGUCGCAGAUAUACACACUGCAUGAUCUGCUGGAUGCGGUUUACUUGCUUAAUACAGAGAAUAACGAGGUGGCAAUUCGAAGGGUGAUACAGCCGUUGGAGGCUCUUCUUGUUGGGUACCCGAGGAUUAUGAUUAAGGACAGCAGUGUGAAUGCGAUUUGCUAUGGAGCGAAGCUAAGCAUUACGGGGGUGCUUCGGUUUGAUAAGAAUAUUGAUGUUGGGGGAGACGUGGUGGUUAUUACAACAAAAGGAGAAGCGGUGGCGCUUGGAGUAGCAUUGGCAAGCAGCCCGGAGAUGAGUAUUGCGCAGCAUGGGUUUGUCUGCAAGACGAAGAGGGUGAUUAUGGAGAAGGAUCUGUACCCAAGAAGUUGGGGGAUGAAGAAUGAGUAUGAGGUGAUUGAGUGA